GGACACGAUGUAGACACUCAAACAAAAACAGACAGGAGAUCAAAGGUACCUUUGUGAUAAAAAUCUAUUACAUGGACACAUGUAAGUUUUAUGUCCCUCUGACCCUGUCGUCUGCAAAAAAAUGAUGUUAUUACUUCAACUUCAAAAGUAACAGCAUCCAAUAUCCCCUUUACAUCGUUAAUCGCUAGAUCUAUUCUUAAAACCAAACGGAAAGUUUAACUGAGAGUUCCUUAAUUCCUGGCUAGCUACAGCUGUUCAGGUAGUUUAGAAUCGAUUCUUAAACUAAACUUUAAGCUUAAGUUAAAAAAGCAACCAAGGAACCAUCAAUGAUUCUCAAGGCUGUUGGUGGGGGAAUUAGUUCUAUAAAAGACCGAAAAGGCGGUCAAAAAACACCCAAAGCUGAAAAAGCACAACAGACCUCGAUCAAAACCACAAUUGCAAAACAAACCUUGAAUACAAAACCAUCAUAAACCGAAGAUUUACACACCUCAAUUUUGAAAACCCUAAUAGAUCUGAAACAUUGGUGACUUGUGGAACACAGGGACUAAACAAUUUACACCAUCUUCAUUCUAAAUAUUAAUACCAAUAUAGUAUCAGCUCUAUCCAUGGAUGCUACGGUCGUAAAACUGGAAUUUAAAUAGUCUCAGUUCAUACAAUGUAUUUUAGGACAAUUCACAAAGAUCCUCGAUUGAUCAGCAAUUAAAGAGGACUUUGGGGAAAUUUUGCAAUCACAAAAAGCUAUUCCAUAGCUCUAAAAACCUUCAUCAAAAAUCCAGAAUCCCACAUUGCAGAUUUGAGAACUUAGAGGUGAAUUUGAUUUGAUUGAAUGUUGCAGCAAUCAGUCUCCUGUGACCUGGAUAGACUGUAAAAUAAACACGUCUAAAAUAGGUUAACAUGUGACUGCGCAGAGGAAUCUAACCAGCACAGUUUGUUACUUCAUCAUUAACAGGAACUUACGGUGACUUUCACUGUGAUAUGAUAAAAGUAAUUGACUCAAUGUUUCCUAGCCCUCUCAAUGCUGACACAUGGACAAAGAAACUUCAAACCAAAUUGGAAAAACCAAAAACCACAUCAUACAACAAUUGCAAAAAACGGCCUGUAUUUUUGCCAAAAACCAAAAAAUUCAAAAACUGCAAAUUGUGAUGGUUACCAAAACUGAAAGGCUGAAGUUUAUCAGUGCAAAACCUGAAAAGCUGAACUAAAAAAUAGCCAAAACUGAAAAACCGACAUCCCCAAAUUCCCAAUGCCCCUCUCCUGUGGGACUCGGCUGCAAAACAAUUUCUUGUUGGUUAUUUCAACAAAAACUUCUUCUUUGCGGUAUUAAAUGUAUACAGCUAUUUCUAAAAACAUUGUCGGAAGAAAAGCAAAAAGUUUAAGCCAAGACCGAAAGGUAAUAUGGGAUUUUUAUAAUGACCUGCUGCAGGUCCUAUAGGAGUUUUGUGGCCACUCAAGUAUGUCCCUGAGAUUAGUAUGGAACGUCUAUCUGUAAGUGAGAGUAUUUCUAAACGUUGGACAACUCUUAAAACAGAGGUGGUUGGAGGGCCUUCAAGCAGUAGGGAGCUUAAGCAAUACAAUGAUGGCAAAAGAGACCGUGAACAACAACAGGUUUAAAUUAGCAAAACAACAACUAAAUUUGCAUGUGAAUCACGCUUUUUUGUCCGUGGCCGUUGUUGCCCGACUAUGGCUUGAAAUGCCUCAUGUUUUAUAGGGGAAGUGAACAGCUGACCACAAUUUUCUUUUCUUUUUUCUUUUUUUUUUAACUUAAAACUAGUCCUGUAGAAUUCAUUUCCAGUGGAAUCGCUGUCUUUUAAAAAAUUGAACAAGUUGGAAUAAAGGCGAUGUGGUUACAAGUCCUUACAUUCUCACAUGCUGGUGUAGUGCAAAAUAUUACCUGCCGUUGACUUUGGCGAGCUUUAACUAAUUCUUGAGUAGGAACCAUUAUUUGGAAAAAUGUUUGUUUAUAAUAUUUUUUUUUCACCCACUUUGUUACUACAUUAUGCAAACUGUGUAAAAUUUAAUGUCAUUUUUCCUUGCUAAUUAGCUGAACAGAAUUGCCUUCAAAGAUGGGAAUAAGCAAGAGUGCACUUUGACUGAAACAUAAUUUUACCUUGUGCUUUUUUAAAAACUAAAAUGAUAAGUGUGGUUCAGUAUAAAUGACGAAUAAAAAUCAGUGACCAGUUUAGUGGAGUGUUUGUUUGCCAGCAAAAGGCAGAUUUGAAACAACCCACAUUACCUUGCGGUCUUGGCUUGAAGACUUUUUGCUUUUCUUCCGACAACUUUUUUUGAAAUAGCUGUAUGUGCAUGCAGUGUAAUAAUAUAAUUCUUUUUUUAUUUUGUCAAAUUAGUGGAAAGAAAGGAGAUUACUGAAAAGACAACAAUACUUGAAGCCUGUAGCUACCCAGAAGGCAAAGACAUCAACAAAAACAUCAACCGUACUCCAUGAUCAGCACAAAGGAUCUUAUACCAACAAUUUGCCAAAUCUAAGCAAUGACUAUGCAGUAAGAUAAAAAUAAGUAUUGGUAAAAACAUACAAAGUAUAAAAAGCCUUCCUGCUAAUGUAACUAUGUAACUGCACCAAAUAAUGUAGCCCAGGACAAGGAAGGAAACAGGUCUAGAAUUUGCACACACCUUGAGGGGUUUGUCAUACUGGACUGGAAGCAGUAUGUGAGAUAGCAUGAAUACAAGCUGAUGCAUGCCCAGUCCUUUAGUGGCUUUCUUGCAAGUCACCAUUCAUGCAGCCCCACUGACUUUGAAGAAAAAUAAAGGAAAUGUUUGCAGUGUGCUCUUGAAUUAGGACCAAGCUGUUGAUAACUUAUCCAUUCCCUCCCAAGAGUAACCAAAUCAAACCUCAAUUAUUUUAAUUUUAAAACAUUGCAACAUCCAUAAAGAUGCACAUGAAAGUUGAUUGAUUGACAUGAUUUUUUAUGACAUUAUCAAUAUUGUACUUGUAGGAUAACCAUACAAACAGCUCCUUUGUGCACCGAAAUGCUUCUGUGCACCCUGACAAACUGGCACCAAAAAAUGCUCAGGUGUGAAUUAAUAUAUUUUGUAGAGGGAAAACCAGCGGUAUUUUGCAGAUAAUAUCAUAGUUGACGAAUUACUCCUUAAUUUUGGGGCGAAAUUUCAGCGUUAAUUUGUAAUUUCACAUGUGAAAUUACAAAAUUGCCAUGGCAACCCUUCUGUACGUCUCAGUGUCAAGAUGGCGACGAAGUUUUAAAAUGCCGUGAAUGAAGAUGUCAGGGCACAGAAAGACGCUUUAGAAAAGCUGAACACACAAGAGAACAUCAAGAAGGAUUCUAACAGGUAUUUUGCCGAAAAAGUCUGAAAAAUUCUGAGCUUUAUAAGCCAAAUUUAAGGUCUAAACAUUUGAGAGAGUGGAGUUCUCGAUCGAUACGAUCCAAUAUAAACAUGUCAAAAAUCCAAGAUUGCUAACGUAAUUCGUCACCCAUGAUAUUAAUAGCUAUAGGUAAUCAAAUGGUAUACUCGUGAAAUUAGGGAAUAAUUUCACUUGCGUUUUGUCCAAAUCCUAAUAAUUUCCCUCGCCUGAAGGCUCGGGAAAUUAUUAGGAUUUGGAUAAAACGCGUGUGAAAUUAUUCCCUAAUUUCACUCGUCACCAUUUGAUUACACAUACUAACUAGCUACAGUGCAUGGGCAGAAUGGGUCAUAAUCAUCAUCAUCAUUAUCAUCAUUUUUUUAAGGUUAAUUAAUAAAGAGCACCACUUCUGUGUUACACUGUAUGUUAACAGGAAAUUUAUCAUUGAAGGUGAUAUGUUAGUGUUGCACUGCACAUCUCUCACUGCACAUUAUAAUCUAGAUGGCUGCUGUGAAAAGAGUGACUAUAGAAAAGUUAUUGAUGUGCAUAAUGUAAGCAGUACACUUGUCACUGAGUUUGACUUCCUCUGACCAAGGACUUUGAUAGUUAAUCAAAUACAGUCAUGCUAAACUUGUGCUGAAUAACUUUAAAUGACAUUUGAGCUCCAUCAUCACUUUUCAUCCUUUUGAGAUAUCUUGAUGUAAAUUCUGCAAAAUCAUAAAUACUUCCACAUGUGAAUUUUGAAACUCACCACAGUCCUUUCUCAGAAAUGAAGAAAUGCAGGUGGAGAGCAUGAUUACAGUGACCCCAUUGAUUUUUUUUUAUGAUUUUAACAAGAGCAGUGCUUAAAUUACUUUCAACAAGAAAAAAUAUUGGAAAAAUCUGUGUUUAAGAUUUUUUUACUAAAAUUUAAUUUGGAAAAAAUCACACUGGUUGUGCAUGUCUAGUUUUUAGCUGUGUAUGUGUGUGUUUAAUUGCCAAAAGUUGGUAGGUACCACUUUUUAUUAUGUUUUUGUUAUCAUCUUGACUUGAUGCAUUAGUGUACCAAGUUUUUUCAAAAGUCUAUGUUACGGAUGUUGAAGGCGACUUUGAACCGAACUGUAUUUAAUCCAGGUCUGAGGCUCGUUUUUAAGGCUACAUCACCCCAGUUUCUUUAAGAUUUACACUGGAUUUUGCCUAUUCCAUAGACUCACAAGGUUAAAAUUCAUCAUGAUGGCUAGCAAGAACACAACUUGUUUUUUGGAUCCCUCCCAGGGGGACUAGCAAGUCCGUCAAACCUUUAUACGUCAUCGCAUACAGAUGUAGGUUUUUUUUAUGAGGGAAUCACCUUGAAAUGCAAAUGGUUUAAAGAAAACUAAGUCUUGUGCAUAGUUUAAUUUGUUCUAUACAUAAGGUUCCUUGCAUUGGAUACUAAAAUUUAAUGUUGUGUUAAGCAGCUAUGUCUUUAUUUGAAUGUUUAUUUCUAGCACUUUUUUCUAUGUAACUUCACAACCUUACAUGUUUAGAGCAUGCAGUACAUGUGGGUACAUGUAGGAAAGUUGUCCCUCCUGAGACAAAAAUGACAACCCCAAGUGACCAGAACCCAGCUGUGUUUUAUUAACCUUAUCAUGUCAAUGUCUAUGCGGCUUUAGUUUCUAAAUCUAAAUCUAUACUCUUUUAGACGUACUUUCUUCAUUUAAAUUUACCUUGUCCAUGGUAAUUACAGGUUAUUUCAAGUUUAUUCAAAUACAACCCAGAAAUACCAAACGUUUCCAUCUCAAGGUUAGUAUAAAAGUUUUGCUUAAGAUACGUACAUACCGUAAAUCCUCUAUUGAGACAGUUGGGGGGGGGGGGCUUAUUUAAUUUAGCAAUGAUGAUGGUAUCAGUUCUCCAUAAAGAACUAGAGUACAAAGCGGAAAGUUCAAGAACAAGAAGUUUUAGGUCAUGCAGCCAAGGAUCAGAAUCAAAUCUAAACUUCCAGUUGGUAAGUAAACCACCUUGGAUCAGUCCACACGAAGUUUUAUGGUCCUGACUGAUUAAUACAGUCUAUCAUUGUUUUAUUAGUGAAGAACAAUUUUGGUUGGGGAGGGGGACUUAAUAGAGGAGGGGGGUGGGGCUCAUUAACUUUCUUCCCCUGAAAAGGGGGGGUUAUUUGAGGGAGGAGGCUUAUUUGAGACGGGGGGCUUAAUAGAGGAUUUACGGUACUGUAAAAUUCUGAAAAUAAGCCCCGGGCUUAUAUUUUUCAAAGGCCAUUUUUAAGGGGCUUAUUUUUGGAGGGGCUUAUAUUCGGCUUAUUUUAUAUGCGUUUCAAAAUUGAUUGGGCUAGCCUUAUAGUUGGAAGGAAAUUUACUGUUUUUACUUUGUUUUACUUUGUAUUUGAGGGCAAUUUCCAAGUACAAGCCCCUGGGGGGGCUUAUAUUUGGAGGUGCGAUUUAACGAAGGGUUUUUUGUGUUAUGAGUUUGGUGGGCUUGUAUUUGGAGGGGCUUAUACAUGGAGGGGCCCUUUUUUCGGAAUUUUACGGUGUGUCUGUAAUUUCAAACAUGAUCUCUCUAGAAACUGGAGUAUUAAUGGUAUUAGGUGCCUUCUAGAUGAUUCAUGAUUAUAAUAAGUAAAGAACCCUUACUUUGUAGCUUUGAGCAACAGCCCAAAGGCGCCAAGGGACAGUGUGAAAAAUUGUUCUCUGGUAAUAAAUUUUGUGACCUGGAGCUCUCACCCUUCAUGGUAAGAAAUUUAUUUCUAAAUAUUUAUUAUUAUUCAUUCAAAAUAUUUCCGCAAUUCUGAUUGGCCAAAAGCACACGCAUAAUUCACCAUAACCAGUUACUGAUGACCAAAUUUGGAAGAAUUUUGUGUUUAACGAGGAAAUGACAUCAAAAAUGCAGCCUUCUACAGGUUAUUGCACCAUUAACCGAGAAGACCUGGGGAUGAGAUUGAAUUGUUUUCGUUGUAAAAACUAAAAUGGCGGACACUUCACUCGUUUCAAGAGUAAAACUACAGCUGGAACUAGGCGAAAUAAUGGCUAAAAACAUAGCAAAAACAGCAAGAAGACAACUAGGAGGGCGAGAUCUGCUCUGGAGAAUAUUUGAGGAGCUGGACAAACCUAAACAUAAACUAUCGAAGAUAAACUUAACUUCGAUGCAGGUAAGCUUGUUUUAGCUAUGUUUUUAAACUAGGAAUUAUUAUUUUGAAUGAAUAAUAAAACAGUUAUUGAAUUCGGCUUUCGCAUCAUAUGAAGAAUUAUGGAGAUCUUGGAGGGUGUUAUCUGCCUCGGCCUAAAGCCUUGACGGAUAACACCCUCCUCGAUUUCCAUAAUUCUUCAUUCUUCACUUUCCUCAUUCAUUAAUAAUAUUGUUAAUUAUUGCAGAAAGUGCAUACAUGUAUUAUAUAAUGACUAAAGCAAUCACAUGUGCUUUUUUAUUUUUGGCUCAUACAAACAUUUAAGGCAAGGAAUAAAGCCUAAUCUUGAGCUUUUCUGGUCUUUCAUUUCGAAUUUAGCCCAUUUUUCUUAAAAUUCAAAUGUUUUUUUUUUCAAAGUAUGGGUUUUGUUUUUGUCCUCCAUGUAUUUAAUUACUGACAAAGAUUAUUCUGUCAUUACAAUGCUAACAGCAAGUAGUUAACAAUUAUUGGACGAGCUUGAGCAUCACGAUAUUUUGUGAUAACAGAGUUCAAUAAUAAUUGUUUUAUGAUUCGAUCACCAAGUUUGUUUUUUCAUAAAUAUCCUUGGGAAGGCAAGCGAUCUGCCAUUUUCACGCUUGACCGAUUGCAAGAAGGAGAAAAGCAUGGUUUCCUUUACGCAUGAGCAGAAUAUUAUUUGCAGCCAAACACUGUUGGAUGGCAUUGCACAUGAGCAGACCAUUAUUUGUAGGCAGUUAUUUGCAGGUCACGUGGUGGGCUGUCGGCCAAUGAAAAGAAAGAAAAAUUUGCUUAGAAUGGUAAUUAAUUUUGAUGGUAUAUACCUGUAAGCCAUUUCCACAUCAUGAUGUACGUCAAUUUGUGCUUUUUAACAGGGGAGAGGGGUUCCAAUGAUAUUGAGGGGAGGAAGGUGGGUACUGCAAAUAGAGGGUCUCCACAUGAGAUUUUUGAUUUCCAGAGGUUGGCAUCUCUGUGAUAGGCAGCUACACAUUUCAUCCUGUGGCCACUAAUUAUACAGCUUGUAAAAUGUUUAAUAUUCUUUUCUGCAUCCAUAUCAGUGAUGCAGGGCAAGGUAGCUUGUGUCAGAUCAAAUUACUACUGUAAGUUCUGAAGGUAGCUAAUAAUACUUAUACCCCUUAACAUGAUGGAGCAACUUUGAUUGAUAAUAAUUUACUAUUAUGAAAGCAAAUGUAUUUUGUUUAAUGCUUAUACUGUUAUCCUCAAAAGGUAUCCAAUCUUGAAAGUAACUUAAAGUUGACUACCAUGACCAGGUAUUUGUUCAAUGUUGGUUAAGACAAGCUUGAUGAACGGAUAGUAAAGUACAAUGUUUGAUUAUUUACAUGUGAUUGGUGCCCAAAAAGAAACACUGAGAAGUUGUAGUUUAAUGACUUUCCUUGCAAUAGAUGAAUAAGAUAAUUAUCAUGUUGGCUCAUAUUUAUUCAGCAAUAAUAAUAAAAAAUUAAUCAUUCAGUACACUUUAGUCUAAUUAUAAUUAAUAUAUGAAGGAGUAUGGCAAAAUUAAGGCUUGGUGCUUUGUGUACAUCAAUCUUGUUUAGAUCUUUCUUUGUUUGAUAUGCUUGCGACAUUUUACUGAACAUACAUGUGACGACGCCUUUCUCACUAAUAAUGAUAACUGUUUCUUUUUUGCAGUGUACAAAAGGCAGUUAUUCCUUCCUUGCUGGAAGGCAGAGAUGUGUUUGUGAAGUCCAAGACUGGUACAGGUGCAGUACUGUACAUUGUUUUAAAUUUUUGCAUGUAUCAUGGUUGUGAGGAAAAUUUCUAGUGGAAGGAAAGAAAAAUAAGUAGGUGGCUAUAGAUUAGAUCAGAUGGUGUGGAAGAUAUGAUGAAAGUGGGGUUGCUAACUUGCUCCCAACUACAUUUUAUUAGGGUAUCUGGGGACAAUUUAUAUCGAGCCCUUCAAUUACUGUUGUUGGUUAUGGUUUAGUAUCCCUUACAAUACAUAUUAUACUAACUUCUUACAUGAAUUUUUUUACUCUUUUUGAUACUUUUUUGUUUUCUUAUAGGAAAAACUCUUUCAUAUGCGGUGCCAGUAAUACAUUCCCUUCAGAAUAUAAAACCAAAAAUAGCUGUGAGUGAAUGUGCAUGUUUAAACAAUGUAACUUUGCCCUUCUUCAAAUGUAUUACCUUUGUUCACUUGUUAAUAGAAGAAGCUUACAGUAAAAGCUUACAGUAAAACCUUUGUCAAUCAUACUCUCUGUAACUUACAUGUAAUACUACUUUUUGUGUUUAAUUAGCCAGUAACUUAGGUUUUUGUUGGCAGUGAAACACGAUUGUGUUUAGUAGUCUGUUUUUAUUGUGAUGAAUGUAUCAUUUUUUUCUCAUUUAGAGAAAUGAUGGGCCUUAUGCCAUAAUUCUGGUUCCAACAAGAGAGGUAAAUAUUUCAUAUUUUUUUCCUGACACUUUAUUUUUCAAGUUCAGGUUUCAGCCCAAUCUAUCGAACUAGUGUGCGUGAGGGGUAUACGACGAAGACAAAGUAGGAAAACUUGAGCAGACAGGAACCUGUUCACAGGUUAUAUCAGUUUAGUUUCUUCUUAAUUUUCUCAUGCAUCUAAGCAUUUUUACGGUGUAAAAGAAGUGUUGCGCUGCACUUGCAAUCAAAGUUUGGCAAGAUCGAGAAUACUUCAGCAAGUUUGGUGGCGGUCACAAAAACGGUUGUAUAUCUUGGCUUUGAAACGUUUGCUUAUUGCACUGAAAAACGUGAACAAUUGUAAUUACAAUAUUGGAAAAAUUAACAAUAACAAGAAACUGAAAAGUGUAUGGUAAAAUCACUUCUCAUAAUCAACCACCUCAUGAUCCAAAACACCAAAAUUCUCCCUGCAGUCAAAUCUGUCCCUCUAAUCAGAACCUCUCGUAAAUGCGAUAAGCGACUGUGUCCAAUUUUUGGCCUGACAGUUGUAUUUAGGUUUUCCAAUGUUUUUAGCCUCUUGUAAGCGACCACUUGGAGUGGUGUUUGUUCGCGUUUUGUACUACACCGCUCAUAGUAUUAGAAGAACAUACAGUGACAAGAUGAAACUACAAGUAUACGUACAACUUAAAACUUGCCUGCAGUAAAUCAUCUUCCAAAAAGUAGGUGUUCUGCCGCCGUUCUGCCGGGACCUCUUUACGGAAGAGUAGAGACCUGACCCCGUGGCUCGAUUCUCGUUAUAGUGAUCACCUCCCGUAAGCGACCACUAAGUCUUCACAUUUUGGGUGGUCGCUUAUGGGAGGUUUGACUGAGUGUUUUAUUGUAUCUUUUAUUGUAUCUUUUAUUGUAUCUUUUAUCGAUUUACAGUUCAUACUUUGCUAACAGUGUAUAAUAACAUUCUUUUUAAGCUGGCCAUACAAAGCUUUGAUGCAUUACAAAAACUGGUUAAGGUACAUUACUCUAUACUGAUUACAGUAUAAUGUUAAGUAUAGUUGACCAGUUAAAGAAAAAUGAAUGUUUCGAACUUGCUUUUCAAGCUUAAACCUUGUGUGAUCCUUGUCUGUUAGCGAGUAUAAAAUUUUAUGACUAGCUAGCUAAAUAUACUUGAACAAGUAAUAAUAUUUUGUUCCCUUUUAGCACAGUAAAGCACAUAAAAGCAUAAUAUCUAGGAAUAUCUUUGCGCACACUUGUGCACAGUUGUGCAUAUGGGAAAGUUGCUCACUUUUCUUGAACAAGUUGUUACAAAAGGUGGAUGACACACGAGGGUGCUCUAAGGUUUGAGUAAUGCAUGAUGUUUCUUGUUUUCCGCAGCCUUUUCAGUGGGUUGUGCCAGGAAUUGUCACUGGAGGAGAAAAAAGGAAAUCUGAGAAAGCUCGGUAAUUUGAAACUCUAUUUUAGAAAAUGGAAUGCCGUUGACGCACAUAACAAAGUUGUUCACACGAAACCCUUACGUAAAACGGCAUAGAAGUUUCCAGUUGAAUUGUGACGCAUCUGAUUUUGAGACAGGAGUUGUCAGAGUGACUUAGAUUACGCCCAGCGCAGAUUGUUACUAAUAACAAAGAAACAGGAUCACGGAAAAGCAAUUCUCAAAUAGCUUUAAUUUCUUAAUUUUGUUUGUAAGAUAUUAUUUUAAAUCAAAGGACCCACAGGGAUUUGUUAUUGCGUCACUUUUAUUAGUCAAGGUUUUAGUGUACAAAUGACCUACUUACAGUGUAGCAGACCCUGCAUGAAAAAUAUGGGGCACGAGUUGAAACAGGUCAGGCUUGCGCCCCCAUUUUCCCUGUCGCGUGCAACUGAGGCUGUUUGGACUCAAUCUUUUCGAGUAAAAGUGUAGCCCUGCCAUAAAUUUUUUAUUAAGCUCAUUUUUUUGUUAUUUUGUUGAUGUUGUUGUUUUUUUCAGAAUAAGAAAAGGUAUAAACGUUCUUGUUGCAACUCCAGGAAGACUCCUCGAUCACAUUGAGGUACAUCACUAUCGUUCUUAUUGAUUGUUUCAUGAUUUAAAGCCGUUUCUUGUCUUAGCUCACGAAUGAAAUAUCGUCCGAUAAAUUCUUUGUGAGUGUUACAGGUGUAUCCGGAACACACCUUUGUUGCGGAGGGUAAGUCGAAAGAGAGAAGGACCAAACGUAGUACAAUCAAAUUAACUUCCCGGUCGGCUCACGCUCUAACACAGACUGCACCCCUCACACUGUAUUGUAAGGAUUUCCUUUGGUGUCCAUAUGAAUUAGUUUGACUCAACAAACACCUGCAUCAUUAUUACGAAAUGAUUAAGACUUGUGUCUAUGUUUUUUCUUCCUGCCUGCCUUAUAAUGAAGAUGUACAUUGUAUUCUCUAAUCGUUUAGAAAACUAGGAGUUUGGAAUUAAAGAGACUUCGCUGGAUAGUCCUUGAUGAGGCUGACAGGUAUUGAUCAAGAACUAACGUUGAAUGCGCCACUCCAAAAGAAACUAAUUGACGAACUGGAUGUCCUUUUCUUACUUUAUGUUCCAUUGUGUAGUCUUGCUUGCAAUUUACCGCUUUCUUUUUUUUCUUCCGUAAAUUGCUUUACUCUGAACGAAUGUUGUAAUAUAUAUUUUUUCUUUUCACUGUGCAUUACCAGUUUUGCUGAGUUCUGUGGUUGACUGAGAAUGUAACUUUUGGCCGUAUAAUUUACAGGUUGUUGGACUUAGGCUUUGAGAAGGACGUAGCGUCUAUUCUAUCUGCUGUCAAGAAGGCUCUGUUUGCUGGUGUCAAAUGUCAAACCGUUCUGCUUUCUGCUACACUUGGUGAAGGUAAACGAGCUGUACAAUAGUUGUCAGUUCUAUACUGGGUAUCUAUUUCAUUCUGGUCAGUGAUAAUGUUUUUAAAGAAGGAGGUAUCUUAGGAGUAAGACUGAAGUCAAUAAAAAGACGAUCAACAAGCUGCCAAACAUAACUUCUAUAAGAAUGAAGCUUGAAGGUGUACCAACAAAUGAUAGAGAGAUUAAGCAUCGCGUUUACGGCAAACGGCAAACGUGAGAUUCAUAUUAAUAAAUUUUUAAAAUAGGAAAUGAGCAAAUAAAAAACAGCUAAAACCAAUGGAACUGGCGUGAGUCUACCGAUUUCCGUGUAGUUAUAAUGAACAGUAAACGGCAAGUAAAGGGAGAACUUGGUCACGUGUACAAACUCACGUUUUUCUUUUACCGUAAACGUGACUCUUAAUCUCCUUAUUGAUUUUGGCCAUACUGAAUUUACAUUUUUCCCAAAGCCGUGGAGAGAUUGGCAGGUAUCAGCCUUCAUGAGCCACUAUUUAUUGACAUCACAGCAGAUCAGAUCCUGACAGGCGACGACUGUAAAGCACAAACGGAGCCGGUACAGGUUAGCAAGUGCGGCUGUAAAAUUUAUGUAAUUUAUUUAUUUUAUUUAUUUAAUCACUUUCACCAUGAUUAAAAUACUAAAAAAGACUAGGAGAAAAAAAUACAUUCGAAGAAGACACAAAAACGAGGGACGAAGGUGCGGGACACACAACAGAGCGAGGCUCCCAAUUAAGUGUGCACUUAAAUUUUUUUUUUGGCUUAAGUUUACUGGUUUCUGCGGAUUGAUAAUAAAGACUUGCUACCGGAAAGGAAGAGAAGAUGGAAAAAAAUUACUCUCGUCAUAAAUGUAUAGCCGUCGGCUCAAAAUUAGAGAUAAUUUGAAAUACAAAGAAACUACUCAGACUGUCUCCUCUCUAUGAUAUUUUGUCCAGGGCCCAGUUGCUCGAAGCAUGGUUAGCGUUAACCAGCGUUUAAUACCUUGACAACGUAUUGGUUUUGAUACUGCUUAACCAAUGGUUAAAGCUAACCAUGCUUUUAGCAACUCAGCCCCGUUCUCUUAUGUUUAAAUUGUUGUAUAAUUAUUUGCACUUCCUUAGGGAUUUUCCUUAUUCGCAUUUCUUUUAGCACUCACCGAGUGCCUCUUGUUGUGCAUUGCCGCUCAAGCCAUCUAAAUCACUCUUCCACUUUGCUGCUGAUUGCUAUUCUAGGUUUCAAGGGAUGUAAGUUAUACCACUCCACAGCAGUUGAAACAGUUCUUUAUGAUUGUCCCAAGCAAGUUACGUUUGGUCACAUUGGCAGCAUUUUUACUUUGGAAAAACCAGCCACAGGUAGUGAAAUUAGGCGAAUCUUUGUUUACACUUUUUGCCUCAUAAUCGCUAAUAAAAUAAAAAGUUAAACUCUGAAUAUUGAAAGAGCAUAACAGUUUCAGUUAUCUCUGAAAAUUUGAACCCAAAACACCGAAUGGUUUCGGAGAAAUUCUCUUCUAAAAACUCGAAAUUUUACAGACAAUGUGUGGUUCAUUAACUUUUAUGCCACCUGGCAAUUUCGCAGUUUUUGAUGGAUGAUAUUUCUUUCAAUAUUGCUUGCAAAGAGCUGAAAAUUGCACAAAUUGCUCAACUUAAUCAGCUCUUUCAACUUUUGCAUUUAGUUCAUAUAACAGCCAUGGCUUCUCUGAGUUAAGUCGUAUGGUAAUGAGGAAAAAAGUAAACAAUGACGUCGAAAAAGAUUCGCCUAUAGCCUAGUUCCACCCCUGGUACUGCCCUAGGGAGGAAGGGAGGUAUCCUUCUUGUCGUGCACACAUUUAAGUUGUAGAUGAAAGGAUAAAACCCUUGUAUGUAACCCCGCUAGCCACCGGUGUGCCGGGGUUGACAACCUCAGCGCAUCGUCAUUUCUUUCUUUUUUUCUUAAAUAACAAGCACCAGAGUGACUUGGACUCGCUGCUAACUGAAUUUACUCACCUCUUCAAACGAUCUUGGCCUUAGUUUCUUGAGGUGUGUAUUUGCAGUGUUGCAACACUUUAUGGAGGAGGGCCCGGGUGUUAUAGCAAAGUAAGUGAAUACAUUCUGUCUUACGCAAUGUUUAUCUUUCUUUAGGUUUCACCGGCCGCCAAAGUGAUAGUUUUUAUGUCAAGUCGCGACUCUGUUGAUUUCCACUUUGACUUAUUCAAAGACUGUCUUUGUUCACAUUCAAGUAAGUUUUUUCUUUCUCAGUUUGAUCUUAUGUUAGUAUGCGACGCAAGUUUUUUUUAGGAUGGAUGUUAAGAGUUGCUGUGUGCUCAUUUUUUUAUAACGUUGAUCUGUCUGUGGCUGGAUGAUGGGUGGAGGGAACAAUAAAAAAAAAAGAAGAAGAAGAAGAAAAGGAAAAGGACUGGCAAGCAUUUUGUUAUGCUAUGAGGAGUAACGCAGUGCAACUUUUGACGUCAGGUGGUGUGGGUACUUUCACCAAUUUUCAAUCCUAUAUUCUUACCCCACCCCCACCCCAAGACACCACAGUGUUUGUUUGUUUGUUUUUUAACUGCAGCUUAUUGUUUCUCAGAGACACCACUGACCUUUCUUAAGCUUCAUGGAAGUAUGUCUCAGAUGGUAAGCAUCGACCGGCACUUCAUUCCAUUUGGUUCAGAAAACGAAAGAUAGACUACUUUAAGGUGGCUCGACUGGAUUUUUUGGGGUUGAUACCUCCCCAGUUUGAGCAUUAACUACGUCGGCAUGAGUAAAGAUAUGGAAAAACGGUUACCACAGCUGUAUUAUAUAAAGAUGAAAAUUCCUUAUGAUCUGGGUUUUAUUGUAAUCAGAGUCGCCAUGGCAACGUAAUGACGCCAUUACGUUUUUCAUUUAUCUUUGUGUUUCUCUGUACCAGGAGUUUUUUGAAGAAAUCGCUUAAGGGAGUAUGUACCUGCCAUACUAAAUGCUAAAUGUGCACGUGUAUAUGAAACUUGAAAACAAUGCCAGUGAAUAAUGAGGACGCUCACUUGUAAACACAAAAUCUGCCGCGUUCCCAAAACUUAUCAUUUUCUUAAAAUAUCAGCGAAUUGUGUGGCUAGCAUGCUAUUUCACUGUUUUUAUGAUUCUUAAAACUGCAUUUCAAAAUAUUUCGAAAACGCUCUCAUAGAAUUUGUUUUGAUUACAAUAAAACCCAGAUCAUAAGAAAUUUUCAUCUUUAUAUAAUACAGCUGUGGUAACCUUUUUUCCAUAUCUUUACUCAUGCCGACGUAGUUGAUGCUCAAACUGGGGAGGUAUCAACCCCAAAAAAUCCAGUCGAGCCACCUUAAGUACAUAAACGUGUGAUGUAAAAUCAUGAGAUAAAAACUUCUGUGGUCAUUGUGACGAAGUAGUACUUACACUUGACAAGAGGAUCGAAGCCAUGAGAAAUGAAGUUUUCUCUGUGUUCUCGGCAUAUAGUACGUGAGAGGGUCAAAACAAAGCUUACAGGAAAAUGGUAAUUUAAGGUGAAUAUACCAAUAACUUUCCUUCUCCUGAUAGGAAAGGACAGCCAUGUUCAAGAGCUUUAGUGACGCUGAAAGUGGCAUUUUAUUUUGUACGGUAAGUUAUUAUAAGCUUUUUUGUGUCUACUUACCAUUCAAUAUUUUCUACCCGCUUGUCUUUCUUCUGGCCCCUCAGAGUCAAUACCAAUCCAAGCGUGCUAGUCCAUGAUUCAGCGAUUUAUUCUGUGCCUUAUAUAUCUUAUAUGGACCUUAAAGGUCAGAAGUGCUCCUUGUGCAACAUUGUAAGACCUAUUGCACUUGAUAAUAUUGCUUACAUAUCCUCUCUGGGCCUGAAGUUAAAUACAGCAUUGCGUGGAAUCUCAUGCAGUAUCCUUUGUUCACUCCUGAAGUCGAUUAAUGUGUUGCGGUACGCGGCAUUAUACGUGGUUCACGAGAAACUGUUUAACCCUUUCUGAAACUGAUCCACUUCACACAGCCUUCAGGGGCACCCAACGACUGUUUUCUGUAAAAUAUCUGUGAGAAACAAAUAUUGCCUAGAAUUUUCUUUUCCUUUAUGACGGCUAAAAACUUCUACAUUUUCUGAAGUUUAAUUUUUCACAUUUUACUACCCAGGUUACACUCUUUUUCGUAGGAAAAGGAAACUUAAAAUUUUCGUAUUCUAAAAUGUGAUGGAGACUGAGGAAUCCGGAAAAUUCUCACUUUCGUAUAACGGUUAAUUGCACCUAAAAUUUUCGGGAAAAUAAUACUGAAGCCCUUGUAAUUUCGAAAAGACUCAAGUUCCGCUAGGAUGACCGAAUAGACACAAAUUAUGUAACGCCGCUUACAUUACAUUUCUGGAGAAUUUAAAGUACUCUGAAUAGCCUAGAAAGUGUUUGAAUUUUUCUUUGUAUUCGGACCGGACGUGAAAGCCUUAUGACAUUUCAAACAUAUCGCGCGAGGUUGAACACAAGAACCGGAAUAUUAGUCCCAGUUUAUUUGUAGUUUCUUAAUGGCGCCUUUUUUUUCAGUAGAUUAUUUUAAUAUUUUAUAUUGCAGGAUGUAGCUGCAAGAGGACUGGAUUUACCUCAUGUUAAUUGGAUAAUCCAGGUAAACUAAUCAUCAUCAUUAUUUUUCUUUCAAAAAUAUUCUUCGAAGUAGAAAUAUCCUGUUUCGUUACCGGUAGAUUAAAUAUUUGGAAUGCAAGUUUUCUUGCGUUUUUUACCCUUACAGGAGGUAUAACUGUUUACAAACAUUGUUUUUGUGAUUUAAAUUUGUAACGAGUGAAAUUAAAGAAUCUUUUGUUUUGAAGAACCAAUGCGCUUUUGCUUGGCACAUAAACGUCAGCUUGAGUACUGCUACAGUCCAGUUUUUUUAAUAAGAGUGAUUUACAUCAAGUUGCCUCCACAUUUUUUUGUAUAUAAUGUAGUACAACACUCCAGGAAACCCAGCCGAUUAUGUUCACAGAGUUGGUCGCACAGCAAGAAUCGGACUGAAGGGGAAUGCCUUGCUCUUUUUAUCUCCUGCUGAAGUAAGUUUAAAUGAAUCCUGUUCUUACCAAUAUGUCGGUUGCGUCUAUAUAUGAUAAACCCCAAAGCCAGAGAGAGCUGAUCCUGUUUAUCUUGUUCGGUGUAUUUUGUCGAUGAAUAGCCAUUAAUUUUUCCAAGUUUUCCACUUCCAGUUAUUUGCCUUUUUGUUACACUGUUAUCUUUGACUUUGUUGUCAAUCCAUAGUGUUAUUGUCCUUGUGGAAAAAUGUCGUGCUUGUCUUCCUCAUAAAUGCAAACGUAGAAGUUUCUUUUUUGGUACUGAAUUGUGGGGUUGAGCCGGUACAUUUAGCUGUCGGUAAGAGAUUUUCAAUGUACAGUCGACUCUCUCUUAACGGACACCUCUGUAAAACGAACACUUAGAGUUGGUCCCUGCCUUUCUUUACUCCCUUUAUUUGACUCUCUAUAAGACGGACACCUCUCUAAGACGGAGACUUAGACAAAGGUAUCCGUGUUAGAGAGAGUUGACUGUACUCAUUCCCUUUAUUGUUUGCUUUUUUUCUUAUGAUUUGUCCUCAGGUGGGGUACUUAGAAACACUAAAGAAGCAUGGAAUCAGGUUUGUAAAUAGCCUCUAGCAAGCCCUCCUUUUAUAGCGAGCGAAGCAAGCCGCGAGGGGCGGCGGAAAGAAGAACUCUCCCUUUCUUUACACGCCCAGCCUCGCACUCGCGUCUCCUUUCGUGUGCUGCUCUCGCGUGACUUCUCGCGACUCCCCCAAAUGAAGAGCUUGCUCGCAGGCUAGUUUCUAAAUAAACAGCGUCUUUAUCCGGAAGUUCUGUCAAGGGAUGUCUGUGGCAGAUGAAUGGGCUCUUUUGUUCACAUUUUAGCCCAGCGGUUUAACUAAAUGACUUUUAGACUAUUUGGCGGUAGCCUUGUCAAUAAAAAAUGCUCCUCUUUCCCCCGCUACAGUUUUUUCGCGCCUCCAGAUGGAAUGAACAUCUUGUUCAGUUUAGUUUCGUUGUUUGCCUCUCUUAGCCCGCAUUAUUUCCAAUUUGUGGUUUUCAAUAAUCACUCAACUUUAUAAUAACGAUGUCUCAUUGCAGCCCUGACGAGUUAUUUGUUAACGAAGUGCUCAAAACCCUGGUUGUGUCUCACCAUGUUUCGUCAGGGAGGAAAACCAAGGUAAGUAAUUCAGUGACGUGAGUAGUAUUUGGCUGGUGGCCACUAUACCUCUUAUGUAUGUAUCAUAUUGAACUGUAUGACUUUAACCUAUGAAAUGUUUAAAAACCAGUUCAUGUAUUGAUGAGAAAUAGAGUUGAAGGCAUGUAUCAUAACUGUUCCUCGUCGGUUUCCCAUUCGCCACGUUAUGGGCACAGUAUAACUGGAGGUUUUAAACCACUCACGUUAACAUCAUUGUCUUAUUCUGUAGAAUGUUUUGGACCACAACGCGCAGGAGUCAGCCACAAAUUUGCAGAAUUCUUUUGAGGAUUACGUUCUUUCCGAGCCGCGUCAUUUGAAAGCAGCAAAGACUGGUAGGUUUUUAUGCCGCUUGUUUUGAAGUAAGGCCACGUUUGCGCGAGAGUUCUUGAAUUGAGAAAGUUUGUUUUUUUCUCACUUUUUUAGGCCGGUGACACAUACAUGUACUUGUCCCCGAUCUUACAAUUUCAGUUGUAAUUUUUUUUAAACGUGAAGAGGAUAAAGAAAGCACCAAUGGUUUGGCUACUUUUGUCUUUCUUUUCAGUAUUUGUCGUCACUUUGCGGGAUGCCUAAGAUACCAACUCUGAAUAUUCAACGCUUCAUUUGCCGCUCAUAAAUUUUAUUCGGCAAAAUUUAUUCAGUCGUGGAAAUCCCGCAAUGCCGCAGUGUAAGAAAAAUGAUUCGAUAAUUGGUGAUCAGAAUUAAACCAGAGAAAUGGAAGUUCCGACCUGUUGAAUAUUUCUGUUGACUUUUUCAGCAUAUCAGUCAUUUGUACGAGCCUACGCAACUUAUCCCAGCAAUUUGAAGCACAUUUUUCAUAUCAAGAACUUGCACUUGGGACAUGUGGCCAAAAGUUUCGCUCUGAGGGAGGCCCCGAAAGAAAUGUUCCAAUCAACCAAGAAGCACAAGAACCAGAAAAGGAAAAGGUUAGGU